AUGUCGGAUCCCGAUAAAUCAAACACAGCAGCCAGCCAAGAGGACGCCAGCGGCAACGUUGCGUCCAAGAACGCCGAAAAGAAACAGGCGAAGCAGAACGAGAAGGAAGCCCGUAAGGCGGCACGCCUAGCAGAGGAGAACGCUCGUGCGGCGGAAAAGGCAGCCCAGUUGGCGAAAUACGCGGAUUUAUUUGGUGCUGCGCCGCUGUUGCAGUCGACCACGUACUGCUCCAAGAAGUUUAGUGAAAUUUAUGCACUGACCAAAGAGCAUGUGGGCAAAACGGUGACUGUUCGCGCUCGAGUUGACACGACACGCAAGAAGGGCAAACUCGCCUUCAUGGUUCUACGCGACGGCACAGACUCCAUUCAAGCUAUGGCGGCUGUUGCGGAGGAUGUCCCAAAAGAAAUGGUUGAUUUUAUCGGACAGAUCCCUUGCGAGUCUAUUGUGGACGUUGAGGCGAUCGUGUGCGGUGUGGAGCAACCCAUAACCUCCACCUCGCAGCAGGAAAUUGAGCUGAAGGUUAACAAGAUUCAUGUUCUGAGCGAGGCGCUGCGUGUGCUUCCCUUCACACUGGAGGAUGCGUCGCGCCGCGAGACAGAUGAGGGCAUUAAAAUAAACUUUGAUACCCGACUGGGCUGCCGCUGGCUGGAUCUGCGCACACCGGCCUCAAACGCCAUAUUCAAGGUGCAGUCCAGGGUGGGACAAUAUUUUCGUCAAUUUCUGAUGGACCAUGACUUUGUGGAGAUUCAUUCUCCGAAGAUCAUCGCCGCCGCGAGCGAGGGAGGUGCCAAUGUGUUCAAAGUGGGAUACUUCAACCGCGACGCAUAUUUGGCCCAGUCUCCACAGCUGUAUAAACAAAUGGCCCUUCAAGGCGAUUUGAAACGUGUCUUUGAAGUGGGGCCUGUAUUCCGUGCAGAAAACAGCAAUACCCACCGCCACCUGACGGAAUUUGUUGGCCUAGAUGUGGAAAUGCGUAUAAAUGAACACUAUUAUGAGGUACUUGACACGGCUGAGGAGCUAUUUUGUUACAUUUUUGCACAACUUGCCAAACAUACAGGAGAGCUUGAGGCGAUUUGCCGUCAGUACCCUUUUGAGCCAUUGCUGUGGCAAUUGACACCGGAGAAAAUCAAAGAGUUGGGCGUUGGCGUCAUUGAAGACUCCGUUGAGCCGACCGAUAUUUACAAGGCUCGUGUACGCAACAUGGGAACUCGUAUGUUACGCAUCCACUACCCGCACUGCAUCGCACUCCUGAACACCGUUCUGGAGGAGAAGUUGUCUUUGACCGAUGACAUUAACACCACCAACGAGAAAUUGCUCGGUAAGUUGGUGAAGGAGCGCUACGGCGUGGACUUCUUCAUCUCCGAUCUAUUCCCAACGGCUGCACGACCAUUCUACACGAUGCCGUUUCCAGACGAUGAGCGUUUCACGAACUCGUACGACAUGUUUAUCCGCGGUGAGGAAAUAUCGAGUGGGGCGCAGCGUAUUCACGAUUCAUCACUUUUGCUGAAGCGCGCGCAGUCACUCGGUGUUGAUCUCUCGCCCAUCAAAGACUACGUGGACUCAUUUCGUCUCGGUGCAUGGCCCCACGGCGGAUUUGGCGUUGGCCUCGAGCGUGUGGUGAUGUUAUAUCUUGGCCUCUGCAAUGUGCGCCUCGUCUCGCUGUUCCCGCGUGAUCCGCAGCGCGUGACGCCGUGA